UCUUUUUUGGUGGUGACUCGUUACAGAAAGAGAGACCGUUCCUCCUCUCUAGUACUAGUAUAAAAUUCUCUCAUUCUCUUAUUCUUCCGUCUUCUUCUUCUUGUUGGUUUCUCAGAUUCAUCGAUCGAGACUAGUCCAGAUACUAUCAUCAUCAUCAUCAUUCAUGACUAUGAUGACUCCUCCACCAUUAGAUCAGCAAGAAGAUGAGGAGAUGUUGGUUCCACAUUCAGAUUUUGUUGAUGGUGCUCAACCUAUGGAAGAAGGAGUAACAGCAGUGCAACCGGAAACUGUUAGUACCGUGGAGAAUCAGCAAAUUGAGGAUCCUCCAACUUCGAGAUUUACAUGGACAAUUGAGAGUUUUUCUAGGUUGAAUGUAAAGAAACACUACUCUGAUGUAUUUGUAGUGGGUGGUUUUAAAUGGCGGGUACUGAUUUUUCCCAAGGGAAACAAUGUCGACCAAUUGUCAAUGUACCUAGAUGUUGCAGAUUCACAGAACUUGCCUUAUGGAUGGAGUAGAUAUGCUCAAUUCAGUUUGGCUGUGGUGAAUCAAUCACAGAAUAAGUUUACUGUUAGAAAAGACACGCAACAUCAGUUCAAUGCACGAGAGAGUGAUUGGGGCUUCACGUCCUUUAUGCCUUUAAGUGAACUCUACGAUCCUAGCAGAGGAUUUCUUGCCAAUGAUACAGUAAUCAUUGAAGCCGAGGUUAUUGUUCGUAAGGUUGUGGAUUAUUGGAGUUAUGAUUCAAAGAAAGAAACAGGCUUUGUUGGUCUUAAGAAUCAGGGUGCAACAUGUUACAUGAACUCUCUACUGCAAACUCUUUAUCAUAUCCCUUACUUCAGAAAGGCCGUAUACCAUAUGCCAACAACUGAGAAUGAUAUGCCAUCUGGAAGCAUUCCUCUGGCUCUGCAGAGCCUAUUUUACAAGCUUCAAUACAGUGACAACAGUGUUGCAACUAAAGAGCUGACAAAAUCUUUUGGAUGGGACACGUAUGAUUCUUUCAUGCAGCAUGAUGUGCAAGAACUCAAUAGGGUUCUUUCUGAAAAGCUCGAGGAUAAAAUGAAAGGGACUGUUGUAGAGGGCACUAUCCAGCAAUUGUUUGAAGGACACCAUAUGAACUAUAUUGAGUGCAUCAAUGUGGACUACAAAUCUACGAGAAAGGAGUCAUUUUAUGACCUUCAGCUCGAUGUUAAAGGAUGUCGAGAUGUCUAUGCUUCUUUUGACAAAUAUGUGGAAGUGGAACGUCUUGAAGGUGAUAACAAGUAUCAUGCUGAGCAACAUGGAUUGCAGGAUGCUAAGAAAGGUGUCCUCUUUAUUGACUUUCCUCCUGUUCUCCAGCUUCAGCUGAAGCGGUUUGAGUAUGAUUUCAUGAGGGACACUAUGGUAAAGAUUAAUGACCGUUAUGAGUUUCCAUUGCAACUUGACCUUGAUAGAGAGAAUGGCAAGUAUUUAUCGCCAGAUGCAGAUAGAGGAGUUCGCAACCUUUACACACUUCACAGUGUCUUGGUUCAUAGUGGCGGAGUGCAUGGUGGACAUUACUACGCUUUUAUUCGGCCAACCCUCUCUGAUCAAUGGUUUAAAUUUGAUGAUGAGCGGGUUACGAAAGAAGAUAUGAAGAGAGCACUUGAAGAACAGUAUGGUGGGGAGGAAGAGUUGCCAAAUGCAGGCUUCAAUAACACUCCGUUUAAGUUCACAAAAUAUUCAAAUGCAUACAUGCUUGUGUAUAUACGUGAUAGUGAUAAGGAUAAGAUUAUUUGCAAUGUGGAUGAGAAGGACAUUGCUGAACACCUUAGGGUAAGAUUAAAGAAAGAACAGGAAGAAAAGGAGCACAAGAAAAAGGAAAAAGCAGAGGCACACCUUUAUACUAUUAUAAAGGUUGCGAGGAAUGAGGAUCUCACGGAACAGAUUGGCAGGGAUAUCUAUUUUGAUCUUGUGGAUCAUGAUAAAGGUCGCAGCUUUCGCAUUCAAAAGCAGAUGCCUUUUAAUGUUUUCAAGGAAGAGGUGGCCAAAAAGUUUGGUAUACCAGUAGAGUGCCAGCGCUUUUGGCUGUGGGCAAAGCGGCAGAACCACACAUAUCGUCCAAAUCGACCACUGACACAUCAAGAGGAAACUCAGUCGGUUGGACACCUGAGGGAGGUUUCAAAUAAAGCUCACAACGCAGAGUUGAAGUUAUUCUUGGAAGUGGAGGUUGGACUGGAUCUACGUCCUAUUCCUCCACCUGAGAAAACGAAAGACGAUAUUUUGAUUUUCUUCAAGCUUUAUGACUCAGAGAAAGAAGCACUCAGGUUUGUAGGGAGGUUAUUUGUGAAAGGCAGUGGCAAGCCCUUGGAGAUACUGUCUAAGCUAAAUGAAAUGGCUGGGUUUGCUCCAAGUGAAGAAAUUGAACUUUAUGAGGAAAUAAAGUUCGAUCCUAGUGUUAUGUGUGAACACAUUGACAAGAAACUCACUUUCCGAACUAGCCAGCUCGAAGAUGGUGAUAUUAUAUGUUUUCAGAAAUCUCCUUCUACUGAACCUGAACAACGGCAUCGUUAUCCUGAUGUACCUUCAUUUUUGGAGUAUGUUCACAAUCGGCAGGUUGUUCAUUUCCGUUCGUUGGAGAAACCUAAGGAGGAUGAUUUCUGUCUUGAGCUGUCAAAAAUAUUCUCCUAUGAUGAAGUCGUUGAAAAAGUUGCACAACAACUUGGUUUGGAGGAUCCAUCCAAAAUCAGGCUCACAUCACACAACUGUUACUCUCAGCAACCUAAACCCCAACCUAUCAAGUAUAGGGGAGUUGACCGUUUGUCAGAUAUGUUGGUUCACUACAAUCAGACUUCCGAUAUAUUGUAUUAUGAAGUAUUGGACAUUCCUUUACCAGAAUUGCAAGGCUUAAAAACUUUGAAGGUUGCUUUUCAUCAUGCAACAAAGGAAGAAGCAGUAAUUCACUGUAUUAGAUUGCCGAAGCAAAGCACUGUUGGAGAUGUCAUUAAUGACCUGAAAACAAAGGUCGAAUUGUCCCAUCCCGGUGCAGAGCUCAGGUUGCUUGAAGUAUUCUAUCAUAAGAUCUACAAGAUUUUCCCACUUAAUGAAAAGAUCGAAAAUAUUAAUGAUCAAUACUGGACAUUACGUGCGGAGGAGAUUCCAGAGGAAGAGAAAAACCUUGGGCCUAAUGAUCGCCUGAUUCAUGUUUACCAUUUUACGAAAGAUACAACUCAAAUGCAGGUCCAAAAUUUUGGCGAACCAUUUUUCUUGCUCAUCCAUGAAGGAGAGACUUUAGCUGAUGUUAAAGGUCGCAUACAAAAGAAACUGCAGGUGCCAGACGAGGAGUUCGCCAAGUGGAGAUUUGCGUUUUUGUCGUUGGGAAGGCCUGACUACCUCGAGGACAGUGAUGUUGUAUCCAGUCGUUUUCAGAAAAGGGAUAUUUAUGGAGCUUGGGAGCAAUAUUUAGGGUUAGAACACUCGGAUAGUGCUCCAAAAAGGGCGUAUGCAGCCAACCAGAACCGCCAUACAUACGAGAAGCCUGUAAAAAUUUACAAUUAGAGAAAGAGCCGAGGAACCCCCACCAUAUUAGCAUCUCCUGAGAUACUCGGUAGCAUGAGAUUUGUUUGAUGCGGGUACUGAAGGAAAGAUACAAGUGAAUACCAACAACCUCCUAAAGGGGAAAAAAAGGAUGGUUAAAUCUAGCAGUACGAUGAUAGUAUAGGUCAUUUGUUAUUGGCGCUCGUUAUAUCUUCCAGUGAGACGGUGUUGGGGGUUGUGGUAUUUGUCGAUUGUGUUGGGCUUUAUUAUAACUCUUCUUUGUGGAUGCAGUUGUGGUUGGUGGAGUUUGAGGACUCAGUACAGGCAUUGUGUUUCGUCUAUCCAUGAUGACAACAACCCCAUCCUGAUCUUGUUUUCUUCUCUUUUUCUCAUGAAAAAUCCCGUUGUCGUAGGAACAUGUAGUUGCUCCAUUUUCUUAUAAAGCACCCAUUCAAGGCUGAUUUUCCAAUGGGGUUAAAUUCAUUAAGUGUAAUUUUUUUCUAAGUGUGAACCAUCCUUGCUGGGAAGGAAGAAAAACAAGUGAAAAGGCAAGAAAAUCAGCCUCUGUCGACCUCAAUUAGUUCCAUAGAUGAGGGUGUACAUAGGGAUUAAUAUAAAAGAAAAGAAAGUUCAAAUACCAUAACAGUUGCUGGAUGUAAAUUAAAAUUUUCCUAUUAAUGCAACAUUGUUGAGUUCCCGGAGA